AUGAAAUUCCGUGCUCUGCCGCUCCUCGCGUCUGACCUACCACACACGGAAGUACUGGUGGUGACGUCGACCAUCCGGCCUAACGAGCGUGGUAAGGAGGUACUCUCUUUCAUCAUUUGUGUCGACCCCGGGAAGGGAAAGGAGCCAUGGAAUGUCGAGAAGCUCUACAGCGACGUGCUGGGGCUGGACGCCCGCGUACGCGCAAGUGUGAGCAAGAACGUUAUCAAGAGGAUGAUUGCGCUGCCGGAGGGACGGCUAUGGAGGGACCAUGCGCCGGCAAAGGUUGACCAGCGAAAGCACGCGCUUGAGCAGUAUCUGCGGUCCUUGAUUGCCCUACCGGUCAAGAACAAGGACGAAAUUAUCGCUUUUUUCACAUCAGACAUUGUCCGCGAGGCACUGAAGCCUGUUUCGCAAGCGGGCUACAAGGAAGGCUACCUGACAAAACGGGGCAAAAACUUCGGUGGAUGGAAGUCGAGAUACUUCGUCUUGCAGGGCCCAUCCUUAGAGUACUACGAAAGCCGUGGGGGCACGCACCUAGGGUCCAUCACGAUCACCGGCGCCCAAAUCGGCCGCCAGCAGCGAGCGCCCGAUAGGCGGGACUCGGACGAAGACAAUGAGUAUCGGCAUGCCUUCCUCAUCAUCGAAGCGAAACGUGGACCUAGUGGUUCGACUCCUCGACACGUUCUCUGUGCGGACAGCGACGCAGAGCGCGAUGGCUGGGUGGAAGAGCUCGUGCGAUAUGUCUCUGGGACGUAUAGCGAAGAUCAAGUCGCAGUCAUUCAGAACGGACCAAGCCCCAUAGUGGUGGGCAGCCCCGCGCAAAAUGUGCCUUCUCAACCACGUUCGAGCACGAGCUCGAAUCCACCGACAGACAUUUUAAGCACGCCGAAUCGCAGGACUCGUGAUACAGGGCAGGGUGUUACGCCAGUCAAGGUCGUUACAGACUUCACGAACGGCAAAUUGUACCCCAAUAAUCUCGGGCAUCCUCAGUCCGCCUCGGCUGCGUCCCCUAUCGACCAUGCCUCAUUGGAGGGUCCUCUGUCGAGCUCGAUGCCAAUCUCAUCACCACUUGCGCCCGAGGAUGUGGACGUCCUAGCGUCUGUCUCCCAGCGUGCUAAUUCAGAGCUAGGGCAUUACUCUGACUUGGCAACGCCAGCGGCAUUGGCCACUCGCGUGGCGCAAUCCCCCGAGCAAUUGCGGCGGAAGGCCAACCGCAUGUCCAUCACUCCGUUGAAACCAGCUAUUCCUGAGCGGACGCCGUCGCCCGAGAAGGAGGCGUCCCUGACCACCCCGCGUGUCGACUCGCACGGCAAGGUCAAGAUAUCCGGGCCUAUGAAUGGCACGCCCAUACCUGCGGGCUACAAAUUCGGGGGGAAGGACGCCCCUGCAGAGGCUCCCACGCCAGGCAGCGAUAGGCGGGAAAAGGCUAAGUCGCGCGUCUUCUGGGCAUUCGGUCGACAUGGUAAUGCCAGCCUCAAGCCAAACGUGCCAGUCGCGGUACCGCGUCCCGUCUUUGGCGUGCCACUAGACGAGUCGCUUGAUGUCGCACAGAUUGCGAGCUUGCCUGCAAUUGUAUUCCGGUGUAUCCAGUACCUGGAGUCCAAGCAGGCGGAACAGGAGGAGGGCAUUUACCGGCUGAGUGGAAGCUCCGCAGUGAUCAAGAGUCUCAAGGACCGCUUUAAUGCAGAGGGUGACAUCGAUCUGCUGAGCUCCGACGAGUACUGGGAUCCGCAUGCCAUAGCGGGCUUGUUGAAAACGUUUCUGCGUGACCUACCAGCCAGUAUACUAACCCGCGAUCUGCACUUACGCUUCCUGGCCGUUAUCGAUUUCGUUGAUCCGCAGGAACGCAUAAGGGAGCUCUCCCAUCUCAUCGCGUCGCUGCCAAUAGCCAACUACAGCCUACUACGUGCGUUAACGGCGCACUUAAUUCUGAUUGUGCAGAAUGCGAAUGUGAACAAGAUGACGAUGAGGAACGUGGGCAUCGUGUUUAGCCCGACACUGGGCAUCCCCGCUGGUGUGUUCAGUUUGAUGCUCGGCGAAUUCAAACGUGUCUUCAAUGUCGAUGGCACGUUGGAAGACGGCGAGCCGGCCCCGGAAGACGAAGGCGAGGGGGCUGCUGAUAUUGAUCGUCGGAACAGCAGACGGUACACGGACGCUGCUGCAGACCAGCUUCUGGGGCUAUCGGGCAGAGCCUUACCAGAAGGACCAGCCGCAGAUGAAGCUCCGUCAGAUGAAGGCGAGGAAGCGUCUGUUAUCGAAGAGAGCACAGAAGGCACGAGUGAGAACGAGUCGGACGUCGUGGAAUCCUCGGCAGUUUCGAGCUCCACGCACCUAUUGCAGGGCGGGACGCACGGAGACACCCUACAGCUGCCGGAAUCCAGCGGCGGGAUGGCGCCACAGUCACCUGGCGGACGUUCGCGGGCGUCGCAUUUGGCAGCGUCGCGGGGGUUGCACGUCGCGGUUGCUGACAAGUCGAGCCACCGGCAUAGUCGCGUCGUGGGCCUGCCUGCGUCGCCGCGGCCGAGCCCUCGCACGCCCCAGCAGAGCGGAGCUCCUUCACCCGUCGAUCCUGCUCAGUUGUCCACGCCGCGGUAGGCGGCGCGCCGCACUGCGUAUUCUCGCGCUGUGGGCAUGGGGGAACGGUGGCACGGACGAUAGACUGUUUCCUGAUGCUCGUAGUGUAUGUCUGCGGCGGCGAUGAGCCCCGCGUUAUGUAUCCACAAACGGCAUUUAUGAUUAGGGUAGUAGUGUAGAUUGCAUGUGUGUAUAGCCUGAUGAUACCCUUCUCGAUGCAUAUUUUCAAUCCUCAA